AUGUCCGAGGGCUCCUCUCACUGUCCUUCGACCCUGCAGCUUCCCGUGGAAGUCUGCGAGCGGAUCAUCAACCACAUAGCGAUGGGAUGGGAUAUCAGUCAUCAUUUCGUGGCGGACGAGCCGCAUGUGUCCACUCUUGCAUCCUGCGCGCUCGUAUGCCAAGACUGGUACUUCCUGACGUGGUACCAUCUGCGUCAACGCAUCCAUCUACGAGAUAGGAAGGACGUUCUCUCGCUCUCCAAGACACUCCACGCAAAACCUCGCCUCCGUGAGGUCGUUCGGCAGGUCGUCAUAUCGGGUGCUUCUCCCGGGAAGCGUCAACCGAUCCGGCACUUGGGGACGUUUGCCGCCAUGCUCGCGAACAGAGCUCCCGCGUUGUGGAGGAUCACCAUUCAAGACGCUGAAUGGACCACCGGCUCGGUCCGAAGGGAGGACAUCGCCUACCUCGCUGCUUUCGGCUCCAUUGGCACACUGAUCGUCCGCAAAGUCACCUUGUCGAGCGUUGCCCAGCUGUCCUGCCUCGUGUCAGCACUCCCGAGGCUUAGGGCCCUAUGGUGCGUCAACGUCAGUUGCUUGCAGAAACAGCAAGUCUCCCCAGUCUCUCUCCCACUGAACUGUGCAAAUCUGGAGGGUCUUGAAGUGCGAUGGGCUGCGCCAGCAGUCGAAGAAUUCUUUGUGCAGAUCAGCUGGGCUUCUCGAGUACGCUUUCUCAAUCUUGGAGUGGUCGGCGAGGUAGAUCCAUCCUCGCGAUCGGCAACCAGCAGAAGCCAGACUGUGCUGGAUGCGAGUUCCGCAUCUGCAGAGACGGUUGCACUCCAUAUUGAUCCCCGUUUUCCUGUUCGCGAUGCGCGACACUACAACUUUUCACGCCACGACCACCUGCGGAGGUUGGCGAUCUGGCUGUACCACCCCUUUGCGGAGUGGCCCUGGAUCCCGCAUAUCUUGUCUCACAUCGUCUCGAAACACUUCCAGGCUAUGUCUGUUAUGUUGGUGGUCCGGACAGCCCACAUGGCCGAUGACUUGGACGGAAUGCUGACGACAAUGGGACGGGAUGAUGCCCUGGCGCGAUUGGACAGUAUACUGCAGGAGAAGCGCUUCUCCGGUACUAUUGCAUCGCGCGGCGUCUGUAUAGGCAUUCACUAUGAUAACGACAGUUGGGCAUCUGGCGAUGAACAGUUUGGGAUGGGUUUAGCACUCCGAGAACGGCACAAUCGGUGGGACGAGCUCGUCAGGCAGAAGAUGCCCCACUCGCAUGGACGAGGUAUAGUGACCACUGUGCACAACUUCCAAGAAUUCGACAACUGGAAGACGGACGUGGUAGAGAUACGUACCAGCAUGCCAGCUGAAGAGACAAAUGCCAACUUGAAAGGAGAGGCGUAGCCACAGGGUCGAGAUGAUGAGGUACUCGAGGCGACAUGCCAUUGACAUCCUCGCGAUCCCCAUCUCCGUAGUGCCGAUGCUGAAUAUUAAUGACCAUGGCCGGAACGGAGGUCGAAAAAUCGUCGCUGGUGUGGGGAAACGGCGUCGCGCCCACUAAGUAAUGGUCAUAUGUAGCACAACAUAUGUCCAUUUCCUAAAUGGUGGAGAAUUGGACACACAGCGGUAUGACUGUUGUGUGCUCUGGAUAGACAUUCGAGGGUCAAUGAUGGAACGGGGUUCCGUCGAUACUGGAUGCAUCCAAUGGUAUUCGGGUAGUGUGUGUCAAUAGGACAAUAGGACAC